UUCUUCUUCUUCUUCUUUUCUUUUAAAAGAUUUUUUUAAAAAAUAAAGAGAACCAAGUCGUGUUCUAAAGAAAUAAAAACUGUAACAAACCAAAAGAGGAGGAGGAAAAAAAAUUCAAAUCACACACAAUGAAAGGGAGGAAUAACCUAAUAAAGGGCGCAGGAUAAGAGCCAACCCAACUCGAAUUUUUUUUAUUAAAGAACAAAAAGGAGAUGUAUAAUAUACAAGACCGUCAUUGUUCCCCCCUUUUUUUUAAAUAAAAUUCCGGUUAUUAAACAACAAAAAAAUAAUAAUAAGAAGAAGGUCUACCAGAAAAAAGCGAGAGUGGAUUUUUUGAUAAUUUAUGAAAGGUGGCUGAGCGCUGGGCUAGGAGCAGGUUCAACUACAAAAAAAGUACUACAACAACUCUUUGCGCACCCAGUCUCAUUGGAAGACCUUCCCAAGGUCGCCCGUUAUAUUUCCAGUUGCCGAGGAGAUAACACACAGCGCCCAGCAGAAUUUCCAACGUCAAACUUUCCGUUGAAAUCUCCACGAAAUAAAAAAAUACCCAAAUGUAGAAAUUCAAAUUUCCCUCUCUUUGGUUUUUUUUUUUGUCUGGAACUAUUUAAUAAUCAUUAUUUUCUUCUUCUUCUUCUUCUUCUGUGCAGAUAUGUACACCUGCCUUAUAGUAUACACGCUGAAACUGCUGGUUGCCCACCUUCUUCUUCUCCCGCCCCUUUUUUUUCUUUUCUUGAGCGGCCGGAGAGAGACUGCUGCUGCUGUUGGCCAGCACAAGUCACAGCACGGCAGCAGCAGCAGCAAGAGCCGAAACGGAGAGUGAAAGUUCACUGACUGAGCUGAGGAAGCCUGGACUUGACUGGCUGGCCGACUGAGCUGAGCUGGGGGCUCGGGCUGCAUAUACUCGCAAAGAGAGACACGCUCACCAGCUCACUCGCACGCUUAGACGCGAUCGCCACACACACUGUGCUGGCCCGGCCACUAUCAGAGCAGCGCUCAGUCUUCACGACGAACCAACAACCUAACCAACCGUCCGUCCGUCCUUCUCUCUCCUGUAUAAAGUGUCGCCCGUUUAUUUUUUAGUUGGAAAAUUUUGGUUUUUAUUCCGCCCAGCGUCGAUCGCCCAGGUGACGAAAUUAAAAAAAAACAAACCAUUCAAACAAAACAACAUCUGUUGCUGCUGCUGUUUGGGUCGUAAAAAGAAAAUUUUUAUACGAACGGCGGCCAGCGGACACCCGACGCGCUCGGCUGAAAAUUGUCCGAUUAUUUCCAUUCGGUGUGACGUGAUGUUCUCCAGUGUUACCACGGUGGUUUGAUUAUCGAAGCGUCGCGUGUUGUUUUGAUUAUUUCUCUUUUUUUGACAUUCUCCAAGAAAAAAGAGAGAAAGGAAAGAAGAAGAAGAAGAAUCACACACUUUGUUCGUUGUUCGGUUUGAAUUGAUUCCUCGCCGGCCCACGUCAUUUCAGUUGGUUGAAAAAAGAAGAAGAUGGAAUCGCUAUGGGGGAGACUCAAAUUGAUGCUGCCGAUCCUGAUGAUCGUCCUAUUGGCUGGCGGGAGCUUGGCUCAGUUCAACCGGUUCCCUCAGGUCCAGCAACCGUUCCAGCAACCGUUCCAGCAGCAGCAGCAGCAGCAAUUCAGGAUACCACGACAGCAGGCGCCUUUCCAGCAACCCAAUCAGAAUUUUAACAACGUCCAACGGCCUCUAGCGCCACAGAGACCGUUCCAGCAGGCCAGCAGGCCGUUCCAGGCGAUGGCCGACCAAGUCCGGCAGACGAGGCAGCAAACGCUACAAGCCAACGGGCAGCAGCCGUUCAGGCAACCAACAGCACAGCCGCAGCAAGUAACCCAGCAGCCGUUCCGCCAGCAACAGCCAACUUUCGCCCAGCAAUUCAGGCAGCCGUUCCAGCAGGCGACCCAACCGGUCCGUCAACAAUUUCCUGUCCAGCAGCCACAGACAGCACGCCCAGCCCCAGUUCAGCAACAACAACAGCCACCGUUUAGGCAACCAGCUCCGAAUCAGCAAGGAUUCCGCCCACCGAAUCAGAGACCCCAAGCCCAGCCACAAAUGCAGCAGCAGCAGACGUUUAGACAACCGCAGCAAUUGGCGCAACAACCUGCGCGUCAGCCUCAACAGCUUUUCCAGCAACCGCAAGCCCAGCAGCAACCAAGACCAGUCCAGCAAUUCGCGCAGCCUCCGCCAGCAGCUCAGCCCCAGCAGCAAACGUUUGCACCGCAACAGCCACAACAACAACCACCGCAACAACAACAACAGUUUAAUCCGCCAGUGACUCAAGUGCCUCGUCCAGCGCCAUUUGUGCCUCAAGAGCCACAAGUUCCCCGUCCGGUCGUUCCAUUUCAAGAGCCUCAACAGUUGCAGAAUUUGCAACAACAACAGCCGGUACAACAACAGCCACCAGUUCAACCAGAACAGCAGCAGCAGCAGCAGCCACAGCCACAACCAGAACAACCUACAACUACAACUACAACUCCGGCGCCGUUCAUCACGCCGGCACCGGUCACACCGCCGACAACGACGCCGCCGCCAAUUCCGGUCGCCGCCAGUUCUUCAUCCGGAGACCCGUCAGUUCCGGUCUUCCGAGGUGGAAUGACGACAACGCGGCAGCCCAGCGGGCCGGUACCUGCUUCGCCGCUGAUGGACAACAAUGCCGGCGUCAACAACGCCGGAAUUCUGCCACUGCAGACGGACACGAACGAUCAGAACCUGCUCUUCCCGAAAUAUCCGCCGUUCGCGUAAACACCAACAAGUCUGAGCUAUGCAAAAAAAGCAAUUCAACGCGUGCCUGUACAAACGAAAUUAAAGCAAAAAAAGAAAACUCUUUCCAGACAUUUGUGCGCUGCCUAAAUAUUUCCGCGUUAUCUGCCCAUUCUUUCCUUAAUUUUAUUAAUCGAACUGUUUGUGUAAUUUUUGAUUUUAGUAAUUUCUUAUUUCGUUUUGUCAUCGAAAAUUUUGGAUAAUUUGCAUUUUCACUUUUUUUUUCUUCUUCUUCUCUUUAAAUGACUAUUAUUUACUCCAGUCCGCAUUUAUUACAAUUUACUAUGUCUAGAAUAUAAGAUACACACACCCAAACCGGCCGCCGGAACUGCUGGGAUUCGGAAUUGAACCUGAUUGUCACAAAUUGAUUUGAUUAAAAUCUUUUGAUUCGAUUGACAUACCCAACAGCGAUUUGGGAUGGAUUUGUAAUCGAAUCACAAAGAUGAUGAUGUACGAGCUAGGAUCGUCUAUAGUACGAAGAAUAGAUUUAAGUUAAUUGACCCCGAUUUGUGAGGAACCGUACGGCCGGUUUCCGGUUCUGUUCCCAAAUGUUUUUUUUUUUUUUUUUUUUUUUUUUUUCAUUAAUUCGAUUAUUAUUCGCGACCCAAACAAAAUAACACAAAAAAGUGAUUGAAAUUUUCAAUUUUUUUGUUGUAAUUGUCAUUUUCGCUGUGUACUACAAAAUGUCAUCUCAUUUAAA